AUGUCGGAAGGACGUGAAAAGCUAGACGGUAGCUCUAGCACGAGCAAGCAGGCAUCAGUCUUUGAAGAAAGCAAGACAACCGAGGCAGUGUUUGACUCCGUUGCUCUUGGCUUGGUCGGCCCUCAGGUCAAGCGUCAUCUCGGGCCUUUGAGCAUUAUCGCCCUCGGAUUCAAUAUCGCAAACAGCUGGGUGGCAAUCGCAACCAGUAUCGCGAUCGCGAUCGCUGCAGGAGGCACUGUAACAGUCAUAUACGGUGCCAUCGUCGCAUCGUUUGUUUAUCUUAUGGUGGCCUUGUCCCUUGCUGAAUUGGCCAGCGUGUAUCCCACUGCUGGCGGUCAAUACCACUUUGCCUCUGUCUUGGCCCCUGUGGGAUGGUCUCGCGGUGUAUCAUAUGCCUGCGGGAUUAUGGCUACUUUCUCCUGGGUGGGACAGAAUGCGUCCGUGGUCAUUCUGGGGGCAGAGGCUAUAUUGGCCCUGGCAUCGUUCUUCAAUGACGGCUACGUACCAAAAACGUGGCAUUAUUUUCUUGUGUUUCAAGCCAUCAACGCAGUUUUCCUUAUCUACAACAUAUUCCUGAUGAGAAAGACACCGCGCAUUCACGAUAUUGCUUUUAUGCUCACAUUAACCACCUUCAUCAUCUCCCUAAUAACCUGUCUGGUGCGCUCCGAAAAGCAGAGCAGCAAGGCUGUCUGGACGGUAUUUGAAAAUAACACCGGCUGGCCCGAUGGGAUUGCUUUUCUCACUGGCUUAAUCACUCCAUGCUUUAUGUUCGGUGGUCUGGAUGCCACUCUUCAUCUCGCUGAAGAAGUGGAACAGCCCGAGAGGAAUGUCCCGCGGGCACUCAUGAGCACAGUCUCAAUAGGAUUCAUCACCGGUUUUUGUUUCAGCGUUGGGAUGUCAUAUACAAUCACCGACCUGGAAGAUCUAUUAAGCAACCCAAUGCCAAUUUAUCCGCUUUGGAUCCAGGCUACGAAAAGCAUCGCGGCAGGCACCGCUUUCAUGGUGGCUCUGGUCGUCAUCGUUCUCUUGGUAUCCAACUCUAUCCAGCAAACGACGUCUCGUUUGAUUUGGUCAUUAGCCCGGGACGAUGCGCUUCUAUUGUCACCCUGGUUAUCACGUCUCACGCUUGAGGUCCCCGGACCAGCACUACUGCUCAACUUUGUUGCUACUUUUAUUCUAGGCUGCAUUUUUUUAGGAUCGUCGGCGGCGUUUAAUGCUAUUGUAAGCUCUGCAAUCAUCCUCCAGAUACUCUCUUUCGCCAUUCCGAUAUUUUUCUUGAUCUGGAGUAAGCGGUCGCCAGGCCUCCUCCCCAAGAACCGGGCAUUUAGGCUUCCAGAAUGGUUUGGGUGGACGGCCAAUAUCAUCUCAAUUCUAUGGGCAGUAGUAGAGCUCGUCUUCUUUAAUUUCCCAGGUGUGAUUCCGGUGUCCGGCUCGUCGAUGAAUUACUCGUCUGCCGUUCUAGUUGUCAUGGGGCUUGUCGGGACCGUAAACUGGUUUGCUUAUGCUCGCAAAAACUACCGCGGUCCGAGGAUUACCUUUGAAUUUUCCAGUCCGACUUGA